AAAGAUGUUUAUAAAUUCUGUAGAAACCCAUAAUUACCUUGCUCCGGGCAAUGAACUGGGUAAGCUGUUGUCAUUCUUAUCCUGCUACCCCCCGUGACUAAUCUAGUUCUGCUGUAAUUCGUUGGUGUAUAUAAUGCUGAGCACGUAAUCGGCUCUGUGGUCCAAUGCAUCCGAACGCAACAGUAUCCAAUGCGUUAUACCUUUACAUUUCUCGCUGGAUCAUUAUGUCUUAUCAACAAAUCGUUAUUUUUAACGCUUGUUAACGGAACAAUCAACCUUUUUAAAGGAGCCUAUGCGUACCAAUGCACUUAUUACCUCUAUAUUCCCUUCCUUUACUGUGUUUUUUUCGAUGUUUGUCGAACAGCGAUCAUCAGCUCCGCCAGCCUUCAACAACAGCCGCAAAACGCCAAUUCCGCAACAACGACAACUGAUGACAAGAUCAACACGGUUCCUACUUCUGGUCGCCGAUUCCAUCUUCGCAAGCUUCUCCCUACGUACUUUGCUUAUUUCUUUACGAUUAUCUACGUGAUUAUUACCGCUGUGUGGGGUGGGAUGUGGGCACACGACCUGAAUACAUUCGCGGCGCUCGAAAAUCUCGAAUAUUUCUUAUUGUUCGGCAUUUGGGCCUAUGUGUUGUGCGCCAUCAUACAGCUUUGGGUUGGAUAUCGACAACUACAACCCAUGAUCCGGUCACUAUCGGUUUAUCUCGUUGGAGUUCUGGUUCCCACCAUUGUCCUCACCGUUAUAGCAUUAGUCAGAGGUUUCACUCCCCAACCAUCCGCUUUAGCAGCCGACAUUGCCCAACUGUGCUUGGUAGAAAUCCUCGGUGGCCUUAAUCUUUUGUAUGCUUGUUUGUGGUGCUCGACUCGGUACUGGACCUUUGGAUCAAGACAUGACAACACGCUUAUUCGGCAGCAGCAGCAGCCGAUGGCUCAUCACUACAACAACGCCUGAUCACAGCAAUGAGUAGAUACAAGUUGUAUUCUACAUGAACUGUAUUUACACAUCAAAGAUGGUUUCAUACAAAACAGUAUAUGUAUUUAUAUCUUUGUAAAUUAUAAUUUAAUAAACUUCGACACAGUGACAACCAAG